AUGCCACUUACUGAUGCACGAAUCCCCCUCGAAAGUGAUAUCCGUUCCCCAUUCGCCCGGUUCCGAUAUCGAAGGAAGACCCUGUCAGUUACGGAUUUGGUAUCUGGUGUGUGGUGUGAGCAGCAGUUCGAGUAUUCACUCGAGCGGGGGUCCAAACGCUCAACACCAGCUAUGAAGAAGGGUAGGAAGGUACAUAAAGUCCUUGAAGAGCAGAUCCACUCAACUGUUCAGGUGAAGAUUACUACGAAGGAGGAUGGGUGGGGGUUGAAGCUGUUCAAUGUGUGUCAAGGGCUGCUCAGUUUACGCCAUGGUGGGUUGACGAGAGAGCUGAGCGUAUUUGGGUUCCUCAAUGGCUACUUUAUACAAGGCAUCAUCGACGAGAUAUCAUAUACACACCCCAGAACAUAUGUGGCACCAAAAGCACCCCCAACUGUAGCAUCUAAUGAAAGCUCAGAUUUGGAUUCAGAUGGUGGAGUCCUACUGCCAAUCGAUCUCACCAACACCUCCUCUCCCCCCUCAACCUCGGAACACGAAUUGAUAGCAUACGUAUCAGACACCAAAACCCGCUCCACCCAAACCAUCCCCGGAGGCUCCCAAUUACGCGCAACGGUCCUUCAACUAAUGUUCUACCGCUACCUCCUUUCCGGCCUUCACGCCGGUGAUGUAGACUUCACCAAAGUUCUGGAGCACUUCGGUCUUGACGGCUCCAAGAACCUUUCAGACAACCUCCUCGCACAAAUUGCCUCCUUAGAUUCCGAAAUCAGUCUCGAAGAGCUGCUAGAGAACAACUCCCUCUGGGGCCUUUGGGGCAUCCUUCAGCGCAAACUGAGAGAGAGCAUCAACACAAUCGGUAACACCCUGGCGAUAAGUUACAGAAGCCAGAAAUAUGGUGAUAUCAUGGAAACCAAAACCUUCGACUAUGACGAGGCGCUAUUAACCGAGCAUUUAAACCAUACAAUCGACUGGUGGCAGGGUAAGAGACCAGCCGUGGGAGUAGAAAUUGAGGAGGCGUGGAAAUGUAAGCUGCCCAUUCCCCCUCUAUUCAGAUAA